AUGGCUGAAUUUGGAUUCGAAGGAUUUUAUGCAUACAAGCCAGAUCGAGCGGCUGCAAUCGCCUUUGCAGUUCUCUUUGGGAUUCUAAUUCAGUUCUCGCUGAUAGAAACCACGAAGGCAACGCUCAAGAACAGGAAAUUGGUGAGCACAUGGAAGUCCAUCAAGUUACCUGACGACGCUUCUGCAUUGAGGUUUUUCUCGAGCGCUAGCUUGAGGUGGACAUAUUCGCCUUUCAUUUUAGGGAUUGUUUUGGAAUUUGUCGGUUAUGUAGUAAGGGCGGUCUCCAUUAAUAAACCCACUAAAUCCACAUUUAUUGUACAGUCGGUGUUCUUAUUGAUUGCUCCAUCCCUUUACUCUGCUAGCAUUUUUAUGCUGUUCAGUAAAAUGGCACACCUUUUGUUUAUGGAAAGGUAUAUGGUAUUCCCUGCAAAAUACAAUACACUGUUCUUUCUUGUGGGUGAUAUGACUGGGCGUGUUCUACAAGCUGCGGGUGGUGGGUUGCUCUCUUCAUUGGAUAACUUGAAUACUGCGCGUAUCUUGAUUAUCGUGGGUCUUUUCAUUCAGAUUUUCUGUUACAGUGUUUUGAUGUUGAAUCAAAUAUUCUUCCAUUACAAAAUGAGGACGGAUUCCAACCGGAUCGUCMAAAGCAAUAAAGUCUGGUUCCGAUUUAAUUACAUCCUUUUGGGCGGGAACAUUCUUAUUAUUGCCAGAUCUAUUGUCAGAGCAAUAGAAUUCAUUAUGGGCCUACAAAGCUAUAUAAUUCAACACGAAUGGUGUCUUUACGUUUUCGAUACCGUGCCAAUGUUUUUGCUACCAUUAAUUUUCUUAGUCUGUUUCCGUGCAAGUAAUGUCUUCAAACUGCAGGAAGAGUCAGUCGAAGCACAAUUGUCAUGGAAUUUCCCAACCCAAGAAACGGACAAAUCUAACUCAGACGUCGAGGAAGCUGUGUCUGAAGUUUGA